UUCUCUCUCAGUUAAGGAAAACGGAUAGGGACAGACGAGUCUCUCCUCAUGGUCGUAGCAGGCCAUGCCUAUUUAACCGCACCCGUCCGCUCUCCCCCAUCUUUCUCUCUCUCUCUUCUUCUUCUUUCUCUUCAGAUCCCACAAAGCCCCAGACCCGGAGCAACUGACCAGCAAGUUAUCGGGCAUGGACGACGACGGCGACUGGAUCACGGCGAGGUACCUCCUCUCCUCCAUCCUCGGCCGAAACCCGCUCGUCGUCGACCACGUCGACGAGGAGUCCUUCCCGGUCGACCACGCCCCCGCCGCCGCCGGCCGCGGCGGGCCGGCGGAGGCGCCGGCGUGGCAGCCGCCGCCGGCCGUGUUCGCGGCGCCGAGCGUGGCCGGCACGGUGUGCGCGGUGUGCACGGAGGAGAUCGCGGUGGCGGACCCCGUGGUGCGGCUGCCGUGCGCGCACUGGUACCACGCCGGCUGCAUCGCGCCCUGGCUCGGGAUCCGGAGCACCUGCCCCAUGUGCCGCGCCGAGCUGCCGGCCAGGGAGGAGGCCGGCGAGGCCGGCGCCGUCGGCCGCGAGAAGCCCCCGCGCGCCGAGGCCGGGACCAGCGGCGCCGGCGUGCGGCGGGACGCGUCGUCGUACGGGGGGUACGUCGCCGCCGGGGGCGUCCUGUCCGGCUGAUGGACGGGCGCGCGGGCCGUGGCGGAGUGCACGCGUCGUGUGCGCGCCAUGGCUUUUGUCUUUUUUUUUUCUCGAGUGGUCCUCGAUACUUGUUGUACAAAUGAAAUGGUUAAUUAUUAACAUAAUGUUGAUUCUUGAGUGCUUAGCUCGUCAUUAGCAUCUGCUAAAUCGAAAAAAAAACAAGGAAAAGCACUCGAUGAUUGUAAAGAGGAAAAGGGCAAACGUAGCUGUGAAGUGAGAAUCUGAUUCCCUGUCGCAGGGUGAUGAAGGAAUACAAUGCCUUUGCCAAAAA